AUGGAUACUACAAUGGAUAACUUAUCUCAACAGACAACUAGAAGUGUGGGAUCGGAACAUUCGACAUCGAUGGAUACGUCGCCAGGUAGAUCGUCUGUUUCAUCGCAUGAUCGUGCAUCCAAACCUUGGGCUAUGAUAAUACUUUUUAGCUUGCAUUGGAUUGCGUCGUGGGCAAUCUCAGUAUUCGGAGUCGUCCUAUUUAUCAAAUCUUGCAAUGCCUGGCAACUAAUCUACUUGGUGAUGUACCUCCGUGCAGGUUAUUGGUUUGCUACGUACCAACUAAAUGAAGAAAUUAAAGCACUCUGCCGCAAACUGGUCGAUCAAAAUUACCCUCUGUACGAAAAACUUGCCGUAUGUCGGAAGGCUCCUCUGAAUAUCGUUUCCAUAUGGAAUUCGGCUUUGUUCGCUUUCAUUGGGUAUGCGAACUAUUACUUCCAGCAAAGAGGAGUACGAAACUCACUGUCGAUCGUUAAUGAUAUUUCGAUCAUGCUGCAAGCUCCACAGUUUUUGAUUGUGGUCUUUUGUGUUAUUGAAAGCUUUGUUCUUAGCAUCGUCUACGUGAUAACUUUCGUCCAUAUCUUUCAGCAAACUCCUAUGUGUUUUGGGCAAUACAUCGAACUUCAACAUCAGUUGAACUUAAAACAGAAAUUGAGACAGCAGGCGGAAUCGAUUAAAAUGCUCAUAGCAAAGCAGAAGAACUUGAAGAAACAUGCUGUCGAAAUUGGGCUACUAGAAGAUAAGUAGAUCUUAUAGUUAUACGAAUUGUUUUCCAUCAUUUACAUGUGUGCGGAUACGUAAUUAGAAAAAUAAAUAAUUUUUUUCGAUUGAUGCUAUGUAUUUACAAAA